GAGAAGAUAUCAUUAUUCUUAACCCCUGAUUGGCGGGUGCGUUCCAGUUCCAACGCCUUCGGUAGAAAUACUCCCGCAGUGAUCGGGCCGUACCUACUUACCUACCUACCUAUGCAUGCGUUACGGGUAGCCGACCAACUCUCCCCUCAUCCCUCUGUCCACUAUUUUAGCUUGAGUUUGUCCGGUACCUAGGCAGUUUGUGGGUGUGGCUAGUUUCAAUCUCAACCUCGCUACUAGUACUGAGCAACUUACAUUCUUCCAAGUACUCAGUUGAGACCAUGGCUAAACCAUAUAAUCAAGUAGUCCUUUUUGGGGAUUCGCUCUUCCAAGGCGCUAGCGAAGUUCAAGGUGGCUUCUCGUUCCAAGGUGCUCUACAAAGUCAGUGUAUGCGACACCUAGACGUGAUCAACAGAGGAUUCUCCGGCUACAAUACCAAGAAUGCCUUGCAAUUGCUUCCGCAGAUAUUCUUGCCGCCGUCACCCUCAAAUCCGAGAAUAGAGUACCUUCUAGUCUUGCUAGGUGCGAAUGAUGCGUGCAUCGAUAUUCCGACCAACACUCAGGGCGUCCCAAUCGAUCAAUAUAAAGAGAACUUGACUAAGAUAAUCACUCACGAAUACAUUAAAGCCCACGGCCCUAAGAUCCUGCUUGUUACGCCCCCUCCUAUUGAUGAAAUCCGAAUUACCGAGCUUGACCUGGCACUCGGACAUCCGCAGGCAACGCGGCAAGCGGCCGUUAGCGCUGCUUAUUCUGAGACGGCUAGAAAGGUGGCGGUAGAAAUUCCUGGGGUGGUGCUUAUCGACCUCCAGAAAGCCAUCCUGGAUAAAGCUACCUCCCUAACGGCGGAUUUCGACGCGGGCGGGUCUCCCUUGGGAUAUCCUGGAGGUAAAAGAGGUGCCUUGGAGCAACUUUUGCCAGAUGGAUUACAUAUGAGCGGAGAUGCUUACAAGGUCUUAUUUGACAUUGUCAAGCCACAUAUCGGCCCAUUCCCAGAGAAGCAGGGAGUUUUCCCAGAUUGGCGUGUGCUUAACCCUGGGACGUUAUAAUUGUUCAUACAUAUAUAUAGUUAUGACAUAUAUUAGGUACCUACCCGGGUGGGGGAGGUUUUAGAACAGAAUAACUUUACUUUAUUAAAGUUGGAUAAUGCGGUAACGUUUUUUAAAUAUAUUAAUAAAAAUAUAUUAUUUUAUUUUUAAUAAA